AUGAAUCCACCAACAGAUCUAUUUGAAAGAACAUUACCAUCCAUUUUUGUUCCAUCAGAAGACGAACAAAUUGAUAAUAUUGAAUUAAUAGAUGCAUCAUCAAUAACAUCAUCAAAUGGCGUAUUGUUGGAACAUCUAUCUCACGGAACAGGAGGAUUUGAAGAUUUAGAUUUAGAUAUUGGACAUAUCGGUGAAAAAAUGGUAUAUCAAUAUCUGUUGAAUAAACAUCGUGAUCAUUCAAAUUUAAUUACUAUCAAAUGGUUAAAUCAAAAUCGAGAAACUCAUUUACCUUAUGAUAUUUUAUUAACUAAAAAUGGCAAAACUCAUUACAUUGAAGUAAAAUCAACACGAAUAGAUAAUCAACAUAUAUUUCCAAUAUCAAUUAAUCAAAUUGAAACUUGUCUAAAGCAGAGAGAAAAUUAUUUUAUUUAUCGAGUUUAUAUAAGCAAGAAAAAGUUUACCAUUUUAGAUAAUAUUCCAUGGCGUUUAAUGCAAAAACAAUUGACUUGUUUUUUAAGAAUUCUACCAAGUUCACCAGAAUAA